AUGGCAGGCAAAAAGCGAGAAGCCCAGCUACAGACAAUCAUCAAUAGUCAAAGUCUGUGGGAUGAGAUGUUGCUGAACAAAGGUUUAACAGUGAUUGAUGUUUACCAAGCCUGGUGUGGACCUUGCAAAGCCAUGCAAACUUUAUUCAGAAAACUGAAAAAUGAGCUGAACGAAGACGACAUCCUUCAUUUCGCUGUUGCUGAAGCUGACAACAUUGUGACUUUGCAGUCGUUUAGAGAUAAAUGUGAACCCGUUUUCCUCUUUAGUCUUAAUGGUAAAAUUAUUGCAAAGAUUCAGGGUGCAAACGCACCACUUAUUAAUAAAAAAGUCAUAAACUUGAUCGAUGAAGAGAGGAGAGCUGUAGCAGGUGAAAUAGAUCGUCCUCAGUACAAUGAAAUUCUACUCACUGAUGUAUCUGAAGAAGAGAGUGGGGGAGGACAUUAUGAAAAUAUUGGGGAAACUUGCAGUAUUGCUAUUAUCAAACCGGAUGCUGUACUCAGGAGAAAAUGUGUAGAAAUUAAAGAAAAAAUUACCAAAGAAGGAUUUGUUAUAGAAGCAGAAGAAAAUAUGCUGCUCAGUGAAGAAUUAGUGAGGGAAUUCUACAGUCAUAGAGCAGACCAGCCUGACUUUGAAGAGUUUGUGUCUUUCAUGACAACUGGCCUAAGCUGUGUGCUCAUUGUCUCUCAAGGAGAAGAACCAGGGAGUCCCCAGCAACAACCUGAACUUUACACCAAUGCAAAAGCUGAAGAGUCAUCAGAGUAUAAAAAUGUAGAUCAAGUUUAUGCCUCUUCUUCAGUGACAAAGAAGAAAUGGGACAGUUUGCAAGAAUCUUUAGAACGACAGCAUAUUUCUCAGUAUUGCGAAGUUGAAGAUAACAUGGUUAAGGUUUCUAUGCUCAUCAAUAUCUUAUUCCCUGAUUUUAAAGCAAUGAAAAGUAUGAAAUUACAAAAGACACUGGCAGUACUGCGUCCAGAAGUCUUGGAAGCAAAGAGAGAUGAUAUUCUCAACAUUAUUCAUGAAGAAGGGUUUAAAAUAUUGAUGCAGAGACAAUUAGUUUUAUCAGAUGAAGAAGUGAAAACACUGUUCAAGGAUCAUGAAAAUGAAGACUAUUUUAAUAGGUUUAUAGCAUAUACAACCAGUGGACCAUCACUUGCUCUUGUUUUAUUGAGAGAAAAUGCUGUGGAACAUUGGAAAGAGUUGCUGGGACCAAGAACUGUCAAUGAAGCUAAUGAAUCUAAUCCAAAGAGUUUAUGUGCACAGUUUGCAAUGGGAAGUUUCCCUGUCAAUCAACUGUAUGGAAGCAAUUCAACAGAGACUGCUGAAAAAGAAAUAGAGUACUUCUUCCCAGUUCAGAACCUGUUGGCAGUAAUUAAGCCUCAUGUGAAACAUAAACAAAGAGCUGAGAUCCUGAAGCUCAUUAAGGAGGCAGGGUUUAUGAUCACCCAACUGAAGGAAAUGCAACUCUUCCAAGAGCAUAUAGACAAAAUCUAUUUCAAAAUAGUAGGAAAAGAUUUUUAUAAACAUCUUUUGGAAUCCUUAUCUGAGGGCCCAUCUACAGUCAUGGUUUUGACUAAGUGGAAUGCUGUUGCAGAGUGGAGACAAAUGAUGGGUCCAGUAGACCCAGAAGAAGCCAGACUGCUCUCCCCAGAUUCUAUCCGAGCCAAGUUUGGAAUAGAUAUUUUGAGAAAUGCUGUCCAUGGGUCAUCCAGUUUAUCUGAAGCAACAGAGACCAUUAAUACAUUUUUCAUAGAUGAUGUUCUUGAUGAUCCAGAAGAAAACUAG